GUAGUCCAAGUUCCCUAAGAAGAAGACCGAGUGAUGGCUUCCAGCUACACCGAUGUGAAAGAGUUCUUAGCCAAAGCCAAAGAAGAUUUUCUUAAAAAAUGGGAAAGCCCUGCUCAGAACACAGCCAGUCUGGAUCAGUUUGACCGUAUCAAGACCCUCGGCACUGGCUCCUUCGGGCGUGUGAUGCUGGUAAAACACAAGGACACUGGAAGCCACUACGCCAUGAAGAUCCUGGACAAACAGAAGGUAGUGAAGCUGAAACAGAUCGAGCACACCCUCAAUGAGAAGCGCAUCCUGCAGGCGGUCAACUUUCCGUUCCUGGUCAGACUCGAGUACUCCUUCAAGGACAACUCCAACUUGUACAUGGUCAUGGAGUACGUGCCCGGCGGGGAGAUGUUCUCACAUCUACGGAGGAUCGGCAGGUUCAGCGAGCCUCAUGCCCGCUUCUACGCGGCACAGAUUGUCCUGACAUUUGAGUACCUGCACUCGCUGGACCUCAUCUACCGGGACCUGAAGCCCGAGAACCUCCUCAUCGACCACCAGGGCUACAUCCAGGUGACAGACUUCGGUUUUGCCAAGCGUGUGAAAGGCCGCACCUGGACCUUGUGCGGGACCCCCGAAUACCUGGCCCCUGAGAUCAUCCUGAGCAAAGGCUACAACAAGGCUGUGGACUGGUGGGCACUCGGGGUCCUCAUCUACGAGAUGGCCGCUGGCUACCCGCCCUUCUUCGCCGACCAGCCCAUCCAGAUCUAUGAGAAGAUUGUCUCUGGGAAGGUUCGGUUCCCAUCCCACUUCAGCUCCGACCUGAAAGACCUGCUGCGGAACCUCCUGCAGGUGGACCUCACCAAGCGCUUCGGGAACCUCAAGAACGGCGUCAAUGACAUCAAGAAUCACAAGUGGUUUGCCACAACCGACUGGAUCGCCAUUUACCAGCGGAAGGUGGAAGCGCCCUUCAUACCAAAGUUCAAAGGCGCCGGGGACACAAGUAACUUUGACGACUACGAAGAGGAAGAGAUCCGGGUCUCCAUCAAUGAGAAAUGUGGCAAGGAGUUCUCCGAGUUUUAGGGGUGGCCUGUGCCCCCCACAGUUUACUCUUCUUUGUUUUUUCUUUUUCUUUUUUGGGGGGGAUGGGGGGUUGGAUUGAACAGCCAGAGGGCCCCUGAGUUCCUAGCAUCCGGUUUCACCCCCACCCCACCCUCUAGGGUUGGGGUGAGCAGGAAGCCCAGAUCUUGGGAGGGCAGGACUGCUGCUCCCCCAUUCCCGCAGCCCUCUUGCCCCUCUCCCCAUGGACUCCCACCUACUUCUGCCUGUUGGAAAUGAGGCUCUAGUCUCCAGACCAAGUAUUGCUGGUACAUCAAGGACAGGGAGAGGACAGAGGGGUCCGUAAGUGGCCCCAGCUCCUGACCCCCCCACGCUGUAUGGGCGAAGGACGACUAGUGUCAGUGACAGGCUUCGAGGGCUGCUUGCUCUAAUUUUUUAAAAACAAUUUCAGAUCUUAUUUAAGUUCCACCAGUGCCUCCCUUACCCUUCACCAGCUCCCUAAGGAAUCCAUUUUAUCCAGGCUGGGAAACUGACUGAGCUCACAAAGAGGAAACUGGGGUUUGAACCUCCGCCCUGAGCUGCUAACCCUCGCCCUGCCACCUUCCUAGGGUCCUCUGCCACCCUGUCAAGGGGCUCAGCCCCUCCCUGAUGUCCCCAAACCUCUCCUUCACCCUUGGGCUUCGGGAGCCAGACCAAGCAGCUACCCCUCUCCUUACCAAAGAGGAGCCGUCCCCCAAAAAAGAGGGGGAGCCUGAGCCCAUGGUCUCCCCUCCCAGCAGCAGCCCCCCUCCUCAACUCCAUUUUAUUCUGAUUUUAACACCCAGCCUCCUUAGCCUUGGAAGGCGACCCCACGAAAGGACUUGGAAACGGAAGAGUGCCCCCCACCCCCAACUCGGGUUUGAGGAGGGGCUACCUGUGUCAUCCAUCGGCGGCUUCAGCGCCCCUCCCUGCCUGGCCGCCCCCUAGCUUUGCUGUCAGCUAUCCAUCUCUCACGCUUCCCAACGUCCGAUCUGUGUUUUUUCUGGCAAGGUGGGGGAGCCACCCCGUUCACCCCCACCCCGUGUUCGUCCCUGUCAACUCCUCCCCAGCUGCAGAGCCCUCAGGCAGGCUGGGGGCUCCGGGUGGGCGCGGGGCCAUUCAACCUGUGUGCUGCGAAGGGCGAGACUUCCUCUCGAACAGUGUGCUGUUGUAAACAUAUUUGAAAACUAUUACCAAUAAAGUUUUGUUUA